CGGCACAAACACUCUCGCUCCUCCUACUCAGAGAUGUCCCCUCUCAUGUCGCGAAACAACUCUCUGACUUGGCGUCCUGCCAAACGCCCCAUGCCGACCCCCGAUAAGACGAUUGCGGUCAUCAACGCCGCCGGCCGACAGGCUGCUUCUUUCAUCAGAGUAGCCACUGCCGUUGGCUUCCACGUACGAGCCCAAAUGAGGAAUCUCGAGGGUGUUGUGGCCACCGAAGUGUCGACGAAUCCCAACGUUACCGUUCUGCAGGGUGAGCUUUACACCAAAGAGACCCCUGCGGAAAGUGAUAAGGGACAAUGUGUCGACGUCACCAAGAAUGGACCCAUCUCCGGCAUCGGCGUGAACGACGCCCUCAUCUCCGAACUCUUCAGAGGCGCUCAGCUUGCCUUUAUCAACACCACCUUCUAUGGCGACGAGGAAAGGAUUGGCAUGGCCCUGGCUGACGCUGCUAAGAAGGCCGGAGUCCAACAUUACGUCUACUCCUCGAUGCCCGACCACCAUGCCUACAACAAGGACUGGCCAUCACUACCGCUCUGGGCGUCGAAGCACCGUGUGGAGGAUUAUGUGAAGGAGAUUGGUAUUCCGGCAACCUUUGUCUACACCGGCAUCUAUAACAAUAACUUCACCUCGCUGCCAUACCCCCUCUUUUGCACCGAUUUGCAGCCGGACGGAUCGUGGAUCUGGCAAGCACCCUUCCAUCCAAACGCCAAGCUCCCGUGGCUUGAUGCUGAGCACGACGUUGGCCCGGCUAUUCUGCAGAUUUUCAAGGACGGCGUCAAGAAGUGGGGUGGAGGCAAGCGCAUCGCACUAGCAUACGAGAU